CGCGCGCAAGUGUCUACCUCACGGUCCGUUCCAAUCCAUUCCGAUCGGAGUUCUCGUGCCGAGCGGUCGAUUCAUACGCUAGCCCUGGGCGAACCGUCGGCAGUCGCGCCGGCGCCGCCGUCGGCGAUGGACCACGACGAGGACAGGUCCUUGUCUCUGGGGACGGAGGUCUCUGCCUCCGUGCCCCCACCGAGCCCUCUCACGGGAUGUUAUUUGCUCGCGGUGAUCGGGGAGCCCCACACUCACGAGCACAAGGAGAUUAUUCUGCAGCGACUUGUUAAAGGUCUGCUGUCAUGGGACUCUGGCGAGCACCAGGUCGAUUUGGAGAAGGAGUUAUCCACCCUCACGGCGCAGGCACCCGAGGGGGAGGAAGCUCGAUAUGGCGAACGUCUGAUCCAGUUCGCAUCAGAGAACCUGGUGACAGAGAUCCUGAUUCACCCCCAGAUGAACACGCUGAUGCAAUGCAUGCGCAAUUUGCUCAGCUCAUUCACGAGGCACCGACACCUCGUGCACGCCGGAUAUACUUUUGCUGGGAACGGCUCCUGGAUUAUGCAGGACGGGACCUUUUCCCUAGCUGAUUUCACUGACGCAUACCAAGAGAAUGAGGUUCAGCGCGUGAUCCGCGCUUACGAGAACUCCAUCUCCAUUGACGUUCACUGCUCCACCAGCGGUGGGGGCGAAUGGGCCAAGCUCCCUGAGAUGCCCUUCGUUAAAUACUGCAAGAUUAGGGUCAACCCUACUGAUAUAUUGGACUCUGGCUCUCAAGCCAUCAAGGAUUUUAUUGCAUACCUGGACCCAUACAUAGUGCCAGCCAGCCUGGACCAGCUCCUGGUGUCGAGCGACGUCGUGGGCAACAUCAGGUUCAGCCACCCGACGCUCUACGUGUUCCCAGGGGGGCAGGGCGAUGCUGCACUCUUUGGCAUUAAUGGAUUUAAUAUGCUUGUUGACGGAGGCUUCUCCCGCAAAGCAUGCUGGUGGGACUUCGCGCGCCACCUGGACCGCUUGGACGCCGUGCUGUUCACUCGCAUCAACAACUGCUCCAUGUCAGGCAUGGCUUCUGUGUUGCGCCGCAAGGCCAGCGCCACUGUCUACCCACAGAUUGGACAUUUCUUCUGUAAUUUAGAGGAACGCCGCGCUCUCGCGAGCCCCGACGGUGACAAAGACUCGGAUCCCCUGCUGGUCUCCCUGCUGCAGGAGGGAUCAGACAUGAUGGCAGACCUGCGGCACAUCAACCUCAAGCCACAGCACUGCUAUAGGAGCCCGGAGCCCAUUAACUUGUACCACAAAGUUGGACAUGGAACCCUAGACAUGUACGUACUGAAUCCUUCAAAGGACUCCAAAUACGUUCGUGAAUUCCUAAAACGUUGGCACAACAGUGAACAGAAACUAUUCGAAGGCGCUAGUGUAUCUGGGCAAUUUAAUUUCCCCAUUCCAAACUUAGUAUCAAUAUGCGCGUUACUAGUGUGGCGCCCAGCCAAUCCAGACGAUACGAUUACAAGGAUAAUGUUCCCAGGAUCGACACCACAACACAAAAUAUUUGAAGGUUUAGAAAAGCUUAAACAUUUAGAAUUCCUACAGCAUCCCACUUGUACGGGAAGACAGAUGGCUCCUACGACGCCACCCGCUACUACAACAGCAACGACAGUCACAACUACAAAAACUAGCACUAAAACGACAGUAAAACCCAGCAAAGACAGAAGUAUAAUCUCUGAUAAGACGAAAGAAGAUAAAAUUGUUGAACCUGAGCCGCCACCAAAGGACCUCAAAGAAGGAGAAACAAAAAAUAUUAUAGAUAAUAAACUGCUCAGUGAGCUCGUAGACGAGGAAGAUAAAAUUGAAUCCGUUCUACAUGAUGCAAUAACUGCCAGAAUAGAAACUAAACUAGAUGAUAAGAUUGCUCAAUAUGAGAGCACUGUGAUAGACGGUUUGCCUAAAAAAAGAGAAGUUAAAAAGAAAGCUGUGGAUAAGAAAACUAAACGCGUUGAUAAGACUGAUGAAGUUAAAGAUACCGUAGUUAAGGCUGAUACAAAAAAAGUUGACGCUGAACCAAAAGCUAAAUUAGAAAAGAAAACUAAAGUUGAUACUCGAAAAUCUGAAAUGACAUCGUCAAUGUCAAGGACUAAACUCAGCCAUCGUACAACACGUGCAGUUUCAGAAAGAAAAACAGUUGCAGGCUCUGACAAAAAAGCUGCGGCUGAUGAUAAGAAAUCGCCUCCUACUACUCCUAAAAAGACACUGGAAGCUAGACCUACUCCAUCCGUACCAGCGAUUAAAGACAAAAUUAAAGCCAAACCUAGAAGACUGAGCCCUGGUAGCACCCCAGCCAAAAGCACUAAAGAGGCGAAAAAUCGUAUGGUUGUUGAAUCAAAAUACAAGCAGUCAUCACCUAAACGAGACGUUGCAGCAAAAUCAACUGAAAAGAAAGAAACUAAAGCUAAACGAGAACCAAUUUCACGCCGGCCGCGACCAUUAUCAUCACCAGUGAAAGGAUUAAAAGCCAUGAAGAGUCCAACUAAAUCUGUUAAGUCAGUUAAAGCUGAUUCUUCCAAGUUAAAAGGCUUACAAAGGGUUAACUAUGAAGAUAUUCUUAAAGAUGCUAAGAAAUCUGAUGAAGAUACUUCAAAAUCUCUCGAUGAUAUAAAGCAGCAAGAAUUAGAUGAGAGGGAAGAACAAGAAAUUGUAAGAGAAAUAGAAGCAGUAUUUAACAGGGACAGCGAAGCUGAAGAAAAAAUUGAAUUUGUGGGACGAUCGGAUAUCGAAAAAAUUACUUGCUUAUUAGACGAUACCAAAACUGAAACGACUGCCGACGGUGAAUUUGAAGAAGAAUAUUUAAUAAUUGAAAAGGAAGAAGUUGAGCAAUACACUGAAGACUCAGUUUUAGACCGAGAAGAUAGCCAUGACCACGAGGAGGAAUUACAAAAACAUGCCAAAGAUAAGGAAGAAUCGGAGAAAAAGAAAGAUGUAACAAUUUUAGAAAAAGAUAAACCUGACGAAACCCAAAUAAUGACAGAAGCGGUUAUCGAAACGGAAGUAAAGCAAAUUGAAUCUAAAGAACAUUCUGUGAGCGUAGAAGAAAAACAAGACAUUAGCAGUGAAAAGAAAACUUCUGAUAGUAAGAGUAUUCCCAAGCCCAAAGAUUCUCUUGAAAUGCAGGUUCAAGAGUCUCAGCCGGAUGAGAAAAUAUCUACUACUAUCGAAUCUGGAGCCACAACUGCACCUACUUUACCUGAAGAUGAAAGAAUAACUCUUGAUGAUAUCAAAGAAGAUCAACAAGUCGAAGAAAAACAUAUUCAAGAAGAAACAAAAGAAGUGGUUCCACCUCAAAGCUUGGUUGAUACAACGAAACCACUUUCAUUAGAAAAAAGUCCUAAAUUGGAGUCUGUACCAGUGCCAAUCCGAGAAAUCGUCAAGACUCCUGAUGAAGUAGCUGACCUACCCUUGCACGAAGAAGUAGACUACAGGACUUAUGUAGAAAAGAAGACACCGGAAGAAGAACCCUUUAAACGUAAAGUGGAAGAUAUCAAAGUUCCAAAAGAUCUUCCACUUUCUGACGUAGAAGGUACUUUCAAAGGAACCAAAGCCGUCCAGGAAGACGUGGUAGUAAAAACUGUUCAAAGUGCAUCGCAUGCUGAACUCGUUACUGUUACCCCUGGAUCAGCACCAGAAUCUCCAAUGUACCAUGAGCAAAUGAAGGUAUCUGCAGUUCCUGACAAAGAUUUGCAGCCCGUUAAAGAAUAUGAUGAUGGUGAAUAUGACUAUGGUCAGUACACUGAGAAAUUAAGAGAAACUCAUAUUACAACUCUUGAUUCACCUAUCAAAGAUGAUAUAAUUGUUAUUGAAGAGAUCCCGUGUAUGCCUGAGAAAAUCCCGUCAAUACCUGAAGAUGUGGAGAAAGAAAUUGAAGAAGCUCGAAAAUUAGAAAUGGCGGAUAAACCUCCCUUAAGUCCUAAAGAAGUAGAAAAAAUUGUUGCGGAUGUUGCAGAAGUCCUUAAGUCAGAUAAAAGCUUGGAUGAAAUCAUGGCUGAAAAGUCUCCUUUGCUAAGUAAAUCACCUGAAGCCUUUCCAAGUAUGGAUAAAACAGUUAGUGUCAUUGAAGCGACCAAGAUGCUUUUGAGCAGUGAACAAGAAAUUAAACACGAUUUACGAGAUGAAGUCAAAGACACUAAGGCUCUUGACGCUAAACCAAUUCAUGAAAUUACAGACACAAUACAAAAAGAAGUAUCGCCAGUGAGAUCAAUUACAUCAGAGGACGUCAGUGAAACCUCAGACAAGACUGUGCUCAGUGAAGGUAAGCGAGUUAAACGAGAACUCUUGGAGGAAAAAAUAAAAGAUAAAGUUGACGAUAUCAAAGAAAGUUUAGAUGAACCAAAAACAACAAGUGUCGACAUUACUGACCAUGCAAUUGUUGAUAAGAAAGACCAAAUUGACUAUCAUAUCUUGCAAAAACAUCCCGUAGAAAAAGUAGAUAUCGAAGAAAUAAAACCACAAAGAAGAGUCAGUACAACAUUAGAGUCAGCCAAGACAUUAGAAAAACUUGAAGAGAAAAUUGCGGAUCUGAAGAGGAAAGAAGAAGAGAAAAUACAAGAUAAAAUUGAAAUGACUGAAACGAAGGUUUCUGAAAAGAGCGACAGAUUAGAAAAAGAACCUGUGAUACCUGUUAAACAAUUAAGUCCAGAAAAAGAACUCAAAGAAGAAACUUCAAAAGAAAAACCUGUUAUAGAGGAAAAAGAAUCAAUUCCUGAUAGAGAAAUACCUAAGAAAACAUUACUUCAAAAGGCUGAAACCAAGGUCGAAAAAGUGGCUGGAAAAGUUUCAGCCUUUAAAGAUGAAGUAUUUGGAUUCUUUGGCAAAAAGACUGACAAAAAAGAACCUAGCCCAGACAAAGAUACAGAAAGUAAGAAAAAAAUAACUCCAGAGAAAGAAAUAAUCCCCGUGGAAAUAAAAGAAACUGUCAUGAAACCAGCAGUAGAUGACGUAAAAAAAGAAAAACCAGAAGUAUCUAUAUUUGAAGAAAUGAAGGAGCAAGAUAAUGAUAUUAUUGAAAAAGUUGAUCAAGAACAACUUGCUAGUCCAAGUGUCCCAGAAGAUAAGUUCCCUAGUUUAAUUUAUGACGAAGAUCAAGAAUUAGACAUUGAGGAAAGGCUGAUUGGUUUUGAACCUACGGGUAAACCAGAAGUUGUAACAUCAACAGAAUCAACCAUAAUUACCGAAAAAGGCGUUAUGGUAACCCGGAAAUCCACAAUAACAACUAUUGUACAAGAAUACAGUAAUGUGACUAAGACAAUUUUAAGAUACAAAACAACUGUUUUAACUAUUGAAAAUGAUGAACUUCCUGAUGGUACAAAAUUGGAGCGAACUUACCGAAAAGUAUCCCUUGCACAUGAACGACCGAAGAUCAGCCCAACAAAGUCUGAUAAAGAAAUGCCUAGCUCAAUCAAGCAUGAAAAAAAAGAAGUUAGUGAUAAGCCAGUUACUCCAGUCAAAUCUGAUGAGGCACUAUCAGCUGAUGCUAAGCCUUUGAGUGAGACUACACUAGAAGAAAAACCAAGCUUAAUUUAUGAUGAAGAUCAAGAACUUGAAAUUGAAGAGAGGCUUAUGGGUUUCGAGCCUACAAAAGAACGUGAAGAAAUAACCACAACUGAAGUUCAAUCGGUCACUGAAAAGGGUAUUCUUAUCCAAAGAAAAUUGAUUGUAACGACAAUCGUUCAAGAGUAUACAAAUGUUACAAAAACAAUGUUCCGAUAUAAAACCACUAUUUUAACUUUUGAAGAAGACGAGUUGCCUGAUGGUAACAAAAUAAGUAGAACUAUCAGAAAAGUCUCGCUUGCGUAUGAAAAACCAAAGUUAAAACACGAGGACGAAACAGGCGCAGGUGAAGAUAGAAAAUCUCUUAGCCCUGAAAAGGAUAUAUCGAGUCCUAUUAAAGACGACGAAUUGUCACCGACUUCAAUUAAGACUGCUGAACCCGAAGAGAAAGUAUCUAGUCCACAAGUAUCUGAAGAAGGAGAAAUACCAGUACUUAUCUCGGACCAAGCUCAAGAAUUAGAAAUUGAAGAAAUGCUGAAAGAAUAUACGCCUUUGGGCAAAGAAGAAGAACACACUAAAAGCAAAACUGAAAUGGUUACACAUAUGGGUGUCAUCACGCACAGAACAUCGAUUAUAACAACAACUAUCCAAAGUUAUAAGCAUAUCGUCACUAACUUUGUGAAAUAUAAGAUAUGCAUUGUAGCAAAUGAAUGCGACGAACAUCAAGACGGCUCGAGAUACACUCGAGUAAUGCGACAAAUGAAACUUGUCGACAAGCGACCUGAUCCUAUACCUUUUGAAUUUGAAGUCAGAUUACCACUUCCUGAAGAAGAAGCUGUCAGGACGCAAAAACUAAUCAAACUUGAGAAAAUUUCUGAUCAUGAAAAACUAGAUGACGAACCUGAAAAAGAAAAAGACGAUUUUGAUGGGGAGAAGCCAAAAACUGUGGUUGAGUCUGAUAAGCCAAUCCAUGCCAUCCAAUCGCUUGAAAUUAAAAAACCAGAUGGGAAAACACCAAUGUUAAUUUGUGACGAAGCUCAAGAGUUAGAAAUAAAUGAAAGGUUAAAAGAAUUCACUCCGUUAGGAAAAGCUGAAGAGCACACUACAAGCAAAGUUGAAACGGUUACUUUUAAAGGCUUUAUUACGCAAAGAGAAUCUCUAAUAACGACAGUUAUUCAAGAAUACAAACAUGUCACCAAAAAGGUGGUUAGGUACAGGAUAUGUAUCAUGACCAUUGAAGAGGACAAACUUCCAGAUGGCAGUAUAUACUCAAGAGUAAUAAGACAAAUGAAACUUGUCGACAAGAAACCGUAUCCCAUUCCUUUUGAAUUUGAAGAUAAAUUACCUAUACCCGAAGAUGAAACUUCACCUAAAAUGAAAUCUGAUCGCCCUCUUCAACUUGAUGACAAAUUAUUGACACAAGUCAAGUAUGAUAAGGAAGCACCAAUCCUUGUUGAUGGUAGGGCUUUAAUUGAGCCGGAUGACGUUAAAAGUAAAGUUAAACUUGACGAGAAAACACCGAGCCCAAUCUAUCUUGAUGACAAGGCUCCGAGCCCCAUCAAGCGAGAUGAGAAAGAAUCUACUGAUCUAAUGGUUGAUGAGAAGAAACCAAGCCCCGUCAAGACUGAUGAGAAGGCGCCAAGCCCUGUCAAGCCUCACGAAAAAGAGCCAAGCCCAUCCAAGCUCGAUGACAAGGUACCUAGUCCUGUUGAGCUCGAUGAGAAGGCACCAAGCCCCGUCAAGGAAGACGAAAGAAAAUUGAGCGCUAUUUCUCUGGAUGAAAAAGCACCCAGUCCAGUUAAAUCAGAAGAUAAGGCACCAAGCCCCGUCAAGCCCGAUGAGAAAGCGCCAAGCCCCGUCAAGACCGACGAGAAAGAGCCAAGCCCCAUCAAGCCCGAUGAGAAAGCGCCAAGCCCCGUCAAGCCAGAUGAGAAGACACCAAGCCCCGUCAAGCAUGACGAAAAGGAGCCAAGCUCAGUCAAGCUCGAUGAGAAGGCACCUAGUCCUGUUGAGCUUGAUGAGAAGACACCAAGCCCCGACGAGGAAGUAGAAAGAAAAUUGAGCGCUAUUUCUCUUGAUGAAAAAGCACCCAGUCCAGUCAAAUCAGAAGACAAGGCACCAAGCCCCGUAAAGCCCGACGAGAAAGUGCCAAGCCCCGUCAAGGAAGAUGAAAGAAAACUGAGCGCUAUCUCUAUUGAUGGGAAAGCCCCCAGUCCAGUCGAACAAAAAGAAACUGCAAUUAGCUCCAUCGAACUUGAUAAGAAAGGAUCAAGCACCAUCAAGCCUGAUGAGAAGGCGCCAAGCCCUGUCAAGCCCGAUGAGAAGUCACUCAGCCCUCUUGAACAUGAUGACAAAGUUCCAAGCCCCGUCAAGCCUGACGAAAAAGAGCCAAGCCCAUCCAAGCUCGAUGAGAAGGCACCUAGUCCUGUUGAGCUCAGGGAGAAGGCGCCAAGCCCCGUCAAGGAAGACGAAAGAAAAUUGAGCGCUAUUUCUCUCGAUGAGAAAGCACCCAGUCCAAUCAAAUCAGAAGAUAAGGCACCAAGCCUUGUCAAGCCCGAUGAGAAAGCGCCAAGCCCCGUCAAGCCCGACGAGAAAGCACCAAGCCCUGUCAAGCCCGACGAGAAAGCGCCAAGCCCUGUCAAGCCUGAUGAAAAAGAGCCAAGCCCAUCCAAGCUCGAUGAGAAGGCACCUAGUCCUGUUGAGCUCGAUGAGAAGGCACCAAGCCCCGUUAAGGAAGACGAAAGAAAAUUGAGCGCUAUUUCUCUGGAUGAGAAAGCACCCAGUCCAGUCGAAUCAGAGGACAAGACACCAAGCCUUGUCAAGCUCGAUGAGAAAGCACCAAGCCCCGUCAAGCCAGAUGAGAAGGCGCCAAGCCCUCUUGAACAUGAUGACAAAGUUCCAAGCCCCGUCAAGCCUGACGAAAAAGAGCCAAGCCCAUCCAAGCUCGAUGAGAAGGCACCAAGCCCCGUCAAGGAAGGCGAAAGAAAAUUGAGCGCUAUUUCUUUGGAUGAGAAAGCACCCAGUCCAGUCGAAUCAGAAGACAAGGCACCAAGCCCCGUCAAGCCUCACGAGAAAGAGCCAAGCCCCAUCAAGCCCGAUGAGAAGGCGCCAAGCCCUGUCAAGCCCGAUGAGAAGGCACUUAGCCCUCUUGAACAUGAUGACAAAGUUCCAAGCCCCGUCAAGCCUGACGAAAAAGAGCCAAGCCCAUCCAAGCUCGAUGAGAAGGCAGCUAGUGCUGUUGAGGUCGAUGAGAAGGCACCAAGCCCCGCCAAGGAAGACGAAAGAAAAUUGAGCGCUAUUUCUCUCGAUGAGAAAGCACCCAGUCCAAUCAAAUCAGAAGACAAGGCACCAAGCCUUGUCAAGCCCGACGAGAAAGCACCAAGCCCACUCAAGCCUGACGAAAAAGAGCCAAGCCCAUCCAAGCUCGAUGAGAAGGCACCUAGUCCUGUUGAGCUUGACGAGAAGGCACCAAGCCCCGACGAGGAAGUAGAAAGAAAAUUGAGCUAUAUUUCUCUUGAUGAGAAACCAGUCAAAUCAGAAGACAAGGCACCAAGCCUCGUCAAGCCCGACGAGAAAGCGCCAAGCCCCAUCAAGCCAGAUGAGAAGGCGCCAAGCCCUGUCAAGCCCGAUGAGCAGGCACUUACCCCUCUAAAACAUGAUGAAAAAGUUCCAAGCCCCGUCAAGCCUGACGAAAAAGAGCCAAGCCCAUCCAAGCUCGAUGAGAAGGCACCUAGUCCUGUUGAGCUCGAUGAGAAGGCACCAAGCCCCGUCAAGGAAGACGAAAGAAAAUUGAGCGCUAUUUCUCUGGAUGAGAAAGCACCCAGUCCAGUCAAAUCAGAAGACAAGGCACCAAGCCUUGUCAAGCCCAAUGAGAAAGCACCAAGCCCCGUCAAGCCUGACGAGAUAGAGCCAAGCCCCAUCAAGCCCGAUGAGAAAGCGCCAAGCCCCGUCAAGCCAGAUGAGAAGGCACCUAGUCCUGUUGAGCUUGAUGAGAAGGCAUCAAGCCCCGACGAGGAAGUAGAAAGAAAAUUGAGCGCUAUUUCUCUUGAUGAAAAAGCUCACAGUCCAGUAAAACCAGAAGAUAAGGUACCAAGCCCCGUCAAGGGAGACGAAAGAAAAUUGAGUACUAUUUCUCUCGAUGAGAAACCAGUCAAAUCAGAAGACAAGGCACCAAGCCCCGUCAAGCCCGACGAGAAAGCGCCAAGCCCCGUACAGCCUGAUGAGGAGGCGCCAAGCCCUGUCAAGCCCGAUGAGAAGGCACUUAGCCCUCUUGAACAUGAUGAAAAAGUUCCAAGCCCCGUCAAGCCUGACGAAAAAGAGCCAAGCCCAUCCAAGCUCGAUGAGAAGGCACCGAGUCCUGUUGAGCUCGAUGAGAAGGCACCAAGCCCCGUCAAGGAAGACGAAAGAAAACUGAGCGCUAUCUCCCUUGAUGGGAAAGCCCCCAGUCCAGUCGAACAAAAAGAAACUGCAGUUAGCUCCAUCGAACUUGAUGAAAAGGCGCCAAGCCCCAUCAAGCCCGAUGAGAAAGCGCCAAGCCCCAUCAAGCCCGACGAGAAAGCGCCAAGCCCCGUCAAGCCAGACGAAAAAGAGCCAAGCCCAUCCAAGCUCGAUGAGAAGGCACCUAGUCCUGUUGAGCUCGAUGAGAAGGCACCAAGCCCCGUCAAGGAAGACGAAAGAAAAUUGAGCGCUAUUUCUCUAGAUGAGAAAGCACCCAGUCCAAUCAAAUCAGAAGACAAGGCACCAAGCCCCAUCAAGCCUGACGAGAAAGCGCCAAGCCCCAUCAAGCCCGACGAGAAAGCGCCAAGCCCCUUCAAGCCUGACGAAAAAGAGCCAAGCCCAUCCAAGCUCGAUGAGAAGGCACCAAGCCCCGUCAAGGAAGACGAAAGAAAAUUGAGCGCUAUUUCUCUCGAUGAGAAAGCAGCCAGUCCAAUCAAAUCAGAAGACAAGGCACCAAGCCCCAUCAAGCCUGACGAGAAAGUGCCAAGCCCCGUCAAGCCCGACGAGAAAGCACCAAGCCCACUCAAGCCUGACGAAAAAGAGCCAAGCCCAUCCAAGCUCGAAGAGAAGGCACCUAGUCCUAUUGAGCUCGAUGAGAAGGCACCAAUCCCCGUUAAGGAAGACGAAAGAAAAUUGAGCGCUAUUUCUCUGGAUGAGAAAGCACCCAGUCCAGUCGAAUCAGAAGACAAGGCACCAAGCCUUGUCAAGCCCGAUGAGAAAGCACCAAGCCCCGUCAAGCCCGACGAGAAAGCGCCAAGCCCCGUCACGCCUCAUGAGAAGGCACCUAGUCCUGUUGAGCUUGAUGAGAAGGCAUCAAGCCCCGACGAGGAAGCAGAAAGAAAAUUGAGCGCUAUUUCUCUUGAUGAUAAAGCCCACAGUCCAGUUAAACCAGAAGAUAAGGUACCAAGUCCCGUCAAGCCUGACGAGAAAGUGCCAAGCCCCGUCAAGCCCGACGAGAAAGCGGCAAGCUCCGUCAAGCCAGACGAGAAAGCGCCAAGCCCUGUCAAGCCUGACGAAAAAGAGCCAAGCCCAUCCAAGCUCGAUGAGAAGGCAGCUAGUCCUGUUGAGCUCGAUGAGAAGGUACCAAGCCCCGUCAAGGAAGACGAAAGAAAAUUGAGCUAUAUUUCUCUUGAUGAGAAACCAGUCAAAUCAGAAGACAAGGCGCCAAGCCCCGUCAAGCCCGAUGAGAAAGCGCCAAGCCCUGUCAAGCUCGAUGAGAAGACACUUAGCCCUCUUGAACAUGAUGACAAAGUUCCAAGCCCCGUCAAGCCUGACGAGAAAGCGCCAAGCCCCGUCAAGCCUGACGAAAAAGAGCCAAGCCCAUCCAAGCUCGAUGAGAAGGCAGCUAGUCCUGUUGAAAUCGAUGAGAAGGCACCAAGCCCCGUCAAGGAAGACGAAAGAAAAUUGAGCGCUAUUUCUCUGGAUGAGAAAGCACCUAGUCCUGUCAAAUUAGGAGACAAGGCACCAAGCCCCGUCAAGCCCGAUGAGAAAGCGCCAAGCCCCGUCAAGCCAGAUGAGAAGGCACCUAGUCCUGUUGAGCUUGAUGAGAAGGCAUCAAGCCCCGACGAGGAAGCAGAAAGAAAAUUGAGCGCUAUUUCUCUUGAUGAUAAAGCCCACAGUCCAGUUAAACCAGAAGAUAAGGUACCAAGUCCCGUCAAGCCUGACGAGAAAGUGCCAAGCCCCGUCAAGCCCGACGAGAAAGCGGCAAGCUCCGUCAAGCCAGACGAGAAAGCGCCAAGCCCUGUCAAGCCUGACGAAAAAGAGCCAAGCCCAUCCAAGCUCGAUGAGAAGGCAGCUAGUCCUGUUGAGCUCGAUGAGAAGGUACCAAGCCCCGUCAAGGAAGACGAAAGAAAAUUGAGCUAUAUUUCUCUUGAUGAGAAACCAGUCAAAUCAGAAGACAAGGCGCCAAGCCCCGUCAAGCCCGAUGAGAAAGCGCCAAGCCCUGUCAAGCUCGAUGAGAAGACACUUAGCCCUCUUGAACAUGAUGACAAAGUUCCAAGCCCCGUCAAGCCUGACGAGAAAGCGCCAAGCCCCGUCAAGCCCGACGAGAAAGCACCAAGCCCACUCAAGCCUGACGAAAAAGAGCCAAGCCCAUCCAAGCUCGAUGAGAAGGCACCUAGUCCUGUUGAGCUUGAUGAGAAGGCACCAAGCCCCGACGACGAAGUAGAAAGAAAAUUGAGCGCUUUUUCUCUCGAUGAGAAAGCACACAGUCCAGUUAAACCAGAAGAUAAGGUACCAAGUCCCGUCAAGGGAGACGAAAGAAAAUUGAGUACUAUUUCUCUUGAUGAGAAACCAGUCAAAUCAGAAGACAAGGCACCAAGCCCCCUCAAGCCCGACGAGAAAGCGGCAAGUCCCGUCAAGCCCGACGAGAAAGCGCCAAGCCCCGUCAAGCCCGACGAGAAAACGGCAAGCCCCAUCAAGCCGGACGAGAAAGCGCCAAGCCCCGUCAAGCCUGACGAAAAAGAGCCAAGCCUCAUUGAGCCCGAUGAAAAAGAGCCAAGCCCAUCCAAGCUCGAUGAGAAGACACCAAGCCCCGUAAAACCUGAUGAGAAAGCACCAAGCCCCGACAAGGAAGAAGAAAGAAAAUUGAGCGGUAUUUCUCUUGAUGAAAAAGCACCCAGUCCUGUCAAAUCAGAAGACAAGGCACCAAGCCCCGUCAAGCCCGAUGAGAAAGCGCCAAGCCCCGGCAAGGAAGAAGACAAGGCACCCAGCCCCGUCAAGCCUGACGAGAAAGCGCCAAGCUCUAUCAAGCCCGAUGAGAAAGCGCCAAGCCCUACCAAGCCUGAUGAGAAGGCACCAAGCCCAGCGAAAGAAGAAGAAAGAAAACUGAGCGCUAUCUCUCUUGAUGGGAAAGCCCCCAGUCCAGUCGAACAAAAAGAAACUGCAAUUAGCUCCAUCGAACUUGAUGAAAAGGCGCCAAGCCCUGUCAAACCCGAUGAGAAGGCGCCAAGCCCCGUCAAAGAAGAAGAAAGAAAACUGAGCGCUAUUUCUCUGGAUGAGAAAGCCGUCAGUCCAGUCAAAUCAGAAGACAAGGCACCAAGCCCAAUCAAGCCUGACGAGAAAGCGCCAAGCCUCAUUGAGCCCGAUGAAAAAGAGCCAAGCCCAUCCAAGCUCGAUGAGAAGACACCAAGCCCCGUAAAACCUGAUGAGAAAGCACCAAGCCCCGACAAGGAAGAAGAAAGAAAAUUGAGCGGUAUUUCUCUUGAUGAAAAAGCACCCAGUCCUGUCAAAUCAGAAGACAAGGCACCAAGCCCCGUCAAGCCCGAUGAGAAAGCGCCAAGCCCCGGCAAGGAAGAAGACAAGGCACCCAGCCCCGUCAAGCCUGACGAGAAAGCGCCAAGCUCUAUCAAGCCCGAUGAGAAAGCGCCAAGCCCUACCAAGCCUGAUGAGAAGGCACCAAGCCCCGACAAGGAACAAGACAAGGCACCCAGCCCCGUCAAGCCUGACGAAAAAGAGCCAAGCCCAUCCAUGCUCGAUGAGAAGGCACCUAGUCCUGUUGAUCUCGGUGAGAAGGCACCAAGCCCCGUCAAGGAAGACGAAAGAAAAUUGAGCUUUAUUUCUCUUGAUGAGAAACCAGUUAAAUCAGAAGACAAGGCACCAAGCCUUGUCAAGCCCGAUGAGAAAGCGCCAAGCCUCGUCAAGCCCGAUGAGAAAGCGCCAAGCCCCGUCAAGCCCGAUGAGAAAGCGCCAAGCCCCGUCAAGCCCGAUGAGAAAGCGCCAAGCCCCGUCAAGCCCGAUGAGAAAGCGCCAAGCCCCGUCAAGCCUGACGAGAAAGAGCCAAGCCCCGUCAAGCCAGAUGAGAAGGCACCUGGUCCUGUUGAGCUUGAUGAGAAGGCAUCAAGCCCCGACGAGGAAGUAGAAAGAAAAUUGAGCGCUAUUUCUCUUGAUGAGAAACCAGUCAAAUCAGAAGACAAGGCACCAAGCCCCCUCAAGCCCGACGAGAAAGCGCCAAGCCCCGUACAGCCUGAUGAGAAGGCGCCAAGCCCUGUCAAGCCCGAUGAGAAGGCGCCAAGCCCUCUUGAACAUGAUGACAAAGUUCCAAGCCCCGUCAAGCCUGACGAAAAAGAGCCAAGCCCAUCCAAGCUCGAUGAGAAGGCACCGAGUCAUGUUGAGCUCGAUGAGAAGGCACCUAGUCCUGUUGAGCUCGAUGAGAAGGCAUCUAGCCCUGUUGAGCUCAGGGAGAAGGCGCCAAGCCCCGUCAAGCCUGACGAGAAAGAGCCAAGCCCCGUCAAGCCCGAUGAGAAAGCGCCAAGCCCCAUCAAGCCAGACGAGAAAGCGCCAAGCCCCGUCAAGGAAGACAAAAGAAAAUUGAGCGCUAUUUCUCUGGAUGAGAAAGCACCCAGUCCAGUCAAAUCAGAAGACAUGGCACCAAGCCCCGAGAAAGCGGCAAGCCCCGUCAAGCUUGACGAGAAAGAGCCAAGCCCCAUCAAGCCCGAUGAGAAAGCGCCAAGCCCCAUCAAGCCCGAUGAGAAAGCGCCAAGCCCCAUCAAGCCCGAUGAGAAAGCGCCAAGCCCCGUCAAGCCUGCGGAGAAAGCGCCAAGCCCCAUCAAGCCUGACGAGAAAGAGCCAAGCCCCGUCAAGCCAGAUGAGAAGGCAUCAAGCCCCGACGAGGAAGUAGAAAGAAAAUUGAGCGCUAUUUCUCUUGAUGAUAAAGCACACAGUCCAAUUAAACCAGAAGAUAAGGUACCAAGUCCCGUCAAGGGAGACGAAAAAGAGCCAAGCCCAUCCAAGCUCGAUGAGAAGGCACCUAGUCCUGUUGAGCUCGAUGAGAAGGCAUCUAGCCCUGUUGAGCUCAGGGAGAAGGCGCCAAGCCCCGUCAAGCCUGACGAGAAAGAGCCAAGCCCCAUCAAGCCCGACGAGAAAGCGGCAAGCCCCGUCAAGCCUGACGAGAAAGAGCCAAGCCCCAUCAAGCCCGAUGAGAAGGCACCUAGUCCUGUUGAGCUUGAUGAGAAGGCACCAAGCCCCGUCAAGGAAGAUGAAAGAAAAUUGAGCGCUAUUUCUCUGGAUGAGAAAGCACCCAGUCCUGUCAAAUCAGAAGACAAGGCACCAAGCCUUGUCAAGCCCGAUGAGAAAGCGCCAAGCCCCGUUAAGCCUGACGAGAAAGAGCCAAGCCCUGCCAAGCCUGAUGAGAAGGCACCAAGCCCCGACAAGGAAGAAGAAAGAAAACUGAGCGCUAUUUCUCUGAAUGAGAAAGCCGUCAGUCCAGUCAAAUCAGAAGACAAGGCACCAAGCCCAAUCAAGCCUGACGAGAAAGCGCCAAGCCUCAUUGAGCCCGAUGAAAAAGAGCCAAGCCCAUCCAAGCUCGAUGAGAAGACACCAAGCCCCGUAAAACCUGAUGAGAAAGCACCAAGCCCCGACAAGGAAGAAGAAAGAAAAUUGAGCGGUAUUUCUCUUGAUGAAAAAGCACCCAGUCCUGUCAAAUCAGAAGACAAGGCACCAAGCCCCGUCAAGCCCGAUGAGAAAGCGCCAAGCCCCGGCAAGGAAGAAGACAAGGCACCCAGCCCCGUCAAGCCUGACGAGAAAGCGCCAAGCUCUAUCAAGCCCGAUGAGAAAGCGCCAAGCCCUACCAAGCCUGAUGAGAAGGUACCAAGCCCCGACAAGGAAGAAGACAAGGCACCCAGCCCCGUCAAGCCUGACGAAAAAGAGCCAAGCCCAUCCAUGCUCGAUGAGAAGGCACCUAGUCCUGUUGAGCUCGAUGAGAACGCACCUAGUCCUGUUGAGCUCGGUGAGAAGGCACCAAGCCCCGUCAAGGAAGACGAAAGAAAACUGAGCGCUAUCUCCCUUGAUGGGAAAGCCCCCAGUCCAGUCGAACAAAAAGAAACUGCAGUUAGCUCCAUCGAACUUGAUGAAAAGGCGCCAAGCCCUGUCAAACCGGAUGAGAAGGCGCCAAGCCCCGUCAAGCCUGACGAGAAAGUGCCAAGCCCCAUCAAGCCCGAUGAGAAAGCGCCAAUCUCCGCCAAGCCUGAUGAGAAGGCACUAAGCCCUGACAAGGAAGAAGAAAGAAAAUUGAGCGUUAUUUCUCUUGAUGAGAAAGCACCAAGUCCAGUAAAAUCAGAAGACAAGGCACCAAGCCCCGUCAAGCAUGAAGAGAAAACUCCUAGCCCUGUCAAACCUGACGAAAAGGAGCCAAGCCCAGCCAAGUUCGAUGAGAAGGCAACUAGUCCUGUUGAGCUCGAUGAGAAAGUACCUAGUCCUGCCAAGCCCGACGAAGAGACACCUAGCCCUAUCAAACUUGAUGAGAAGGCACCAAGCCCCGUCAAGUACGAUGAGAAAGCGCCAAGCCCUGUCAAGCCUGAUUUGAAGGGACCUAGUUAUACGAAACCAGACGAGAAAGAACCAAGUUCAGUCAAGGAGGUGGACAAAGUGCCCAUUGCAGUCGAGGCUGACAAGAAGGCACUUAAGCCUCUUGCAUAUGAUGACAAAGUUUCAAGCCCAGUCAAGCUCGAUGAAAAAGCGCCAAGUCCUGCCAAGACCGAUGAGAAGGUAACUAUCCCUAUCAAACCUGACGAGAGAGAGCCAAGCCUAGUCAAACUUGAUGAAAAAGCGCAAAGCCCUGUCAAGGAAGACGAAAUAAAAUUGAGCGCUAUUUCUAUUGAUGACAAAGCACCCAGUCCAGCAAAACCAGAUGACAAGGCACCAAGGUCCGUCAAGCCUGAUGAGAAGGCACCUAUUUCUACCAAACCUGAUGAGAAAGAACCAAGCCCCGUUAAGUCCCAGGAGAAGGCGCCUAGUCCUGUCGAGCCUGAUGAAGAGGCACUUAGCCCAAUCAAACCUGAUGAGAAAACGCCAAGCCCGGUCAAGCCCGAUGAGAAAAUGCCAAGCUCUAUCAAGCCUGAUGAAAAGGCACCUAGUCCUACCAAACCUGACGAGGAAGAACCCAGGUCAGUCAAGGAAGAUGAAAGAAAACUGAGUGCUGUCUCUCUUGAUGUGAAAGCACCCAGUCCAGUCGAACCAAAAGAAACUACAAUAAGUUCCAUCAAACUUGAUGAGAAAGAGCAUAGCCCCGUCAAGUCUGAUGACAAAGCGCCAAGCUCUGUCAUGCCCGAUGAGAAGGCACCUAUUUCCACUAAAUCUGACGACAAAGAACCAAGCGUAGUCAAGGAAGAUGAAAGGAAACUGAGUGCGGUCUCUCUUGAUGUGAAAGCACCCAGUCUUGUCGAACCAAAAGAAACUUCAACAAGUUCCAUCAAACUUGAUGAGAAGGAACAUAGCCCCGUAAAGCCUGAUGAGAAGGGACCAAGCCCCGACAAGGAAGAAGAAAGAAAAUUGAGAGCUAUUUCUCUUGAUGAGAAAGCACCCAGUCCAGUCAAAUCAGAAGACAAGGCACCAAGCCCCGUCAAGCCUGACGAGAAAAUGCCAAGCCCGGUCAAGCCCGAUGAGAAAGUGCCAAGCUCCGUCAAGCCUGCUGAAAAGGCACCUAGUCCUAUCAAACCUGACGAGGAAGAACCCAGUUCAGUUAAGGAAGAUGAAAGAAAACUGAGUGCUGUCUCUCUUGAUGUGAAAGCACCCAGUCCAGUUGAACAAAAGGAAACGGCAGCGACACUCAUCAAACGUGACGAGAAAGAACCAAGCCCCGUUAAGUCCGAGGAGAAGUUGCCUACUCCUAUCAAGUCCGAUGAAAAGACACUUAAACCUCUUGAACAUGAUGAAAAAGGUCUAAGCUCCAUCAAGCCCGAUGAGGAAGCGCCAAGUUCCGUCAAGCCAGAUGAGAAGGCACCUAGUCCUGCCGAGUCUGAUGAAGAGGCACCUAGCCCUAUCAAAUCUGAUGAGAAAGCACCUAGUCCUACCAAACCUGAUGAGAAAGAACCAAGUCCAGUCAAGGAAGACGAAAGAAAGCUGAGUGCUAUCUCUCUUGAUGCGAAAGCACCCAGUCCAGUCGAACCAAAGGAAACGGUAGCUGUACUCAUCAAAACUGACGAAAACGAACGAAGCCCCGUCAAACAAGAUGAGAAACCGCAAAGCUCCGUCAAGCUCGAUGAAAAGGCGCCUAGUCCAGUCGAGGCUGACGAGAAGGCACUUAAGCCUCUUGAACAUGAUGACAAAGUUCCAAGCCCGGUCAAGCAUGAUGAAAAAGCGCCAAGCCCUGUUAAGCCUGAUGAGAAAGAACCGAGCUCUCUUAAGUACGAUGAAGAUUCAAGUCCAGUCAAAGUUGAAGACAGAGAAUUGAGCCUAUCAGAGACUGAUGAAGACUUGUCAAGUAUAACUUAUAUAGAAAAAGUAACCAAACAGGAUGAUUCUAGCCAUGUCACUAGCAAGCAAGAACAACGGUUGUCAAGCCCAGAUAAAACGUUGGGUAAAACAGUUGAAGAGAAGGAAACAAGUGCAAGUAAACUUGACAUAACUUCAGUCGAUACUCUUGAAGAGAAAUUGUCAAGCGUUAGUACAACUGAAGAAAAGCCAGCAAUCACUCAACAGUCUGAGGAGCUUUUAGAUGAAGAUGGCUUUGUGGUUAUUGACAAAAAUAUUCUUGAUGAACACUUAGAACAUCAAGAAAUUUCUCCAGACAUGGAAGGAGACAUACAUUUAAAGGAUAGAAUAGCUCUCGACAAAAUCACCAUCGAUAAGACUCCACAGUUUUCUGAUGCCAUUCUCAGUCAAGUUCCUGUAAAAGAACCUAAACCAGAGAAAGAGGCUCAGAUGAAAGAAGACGUGGAUCAAGGUAUUAAACCUGAAGACGAUCUUACUCCUGAAAUAAUAAAGAAAGAACUACGUGUUGAAACCGCAUUACAAGAUCAGUUUGACGACGAUGUACCAAGCCCAGAACUUGUUCUAGAUACACUCAAAGAACUUAGUCCUAUAAAAGAUGACACAGGUGUUGUUAUUAAAGAAACAAUCAAACAAUUGGUUUCGGAAAAAGAAAUAGAUGAAGUAACUGAAAUAAAAGAAGCAGUGCAUAAAGAAAAAGUCGAUGAAUUGAAAUCAGUGUCCACUAAAGUCACAGACAUUACUCCUAUAUCUGACGAAUUAAGUGAAAAAACUCAACAAUUAAAAUCUGAGCAAUUAACAAGUGAAAUUAUGGAAAGUGAUAUCAUUUCUGACAAACUUGAUUACAAGCAAGUUGGUUUAGAAAAGGAUAUUUGUGACAUCAAAAAAGAUAAAAAGACAAUCGAUGGUGAAGCAGAUGCAGUUACAUCAAUAGAAGUAGUAAAACAGAUUACCACUGCUAGCAAUCAAAUUGAUAAAUUAAUUCAUCACGAUCAGCUUGAAGAUAAAACACUAAGUCCUAUUGAGCAUAAGGAAGAAAUAGCAACAAUUCAAAAAGAAACAAGCUUAGUAGAUGAAAAGAAACGCGAUCCAGACGAAAAGGAUGAGAAGGGUAUAACACCUAUUAAGCUGGAUAAACUAUCUGAUAAAACACCGAGUCCUGCUGAAUCUGAUGCAGAAAUCCUAAGUCCAGCUUUAAUGGAUGACAGCGAGCUACCUGCUGUACACAUACCACAAACAAAAUCUGACAAAGAAAAGAGUGCAGAAAUUGAAACGGUGGCAGUAAAGGCUGAUGAUUCCAUCAAGCAUAGUAUUAAGUUACCAACUGAAAGCCUAGUUGACGAAAAAAGCGCAUUAGUACCAAUCACACCUCAAGAUGAAUCAGAAAUUGAGAAACAAUUAGAAGGCUUUGAACCUGUCGGUGAAAUAGAAGAAGAUACCACAACUCAGAUAGUCACCAUUACUGAAGGAGGCCAGGUAAUUAAAAGGAAAUCAACUAUCACAACAAUUAUUCAAGAAUACUCAAAUGUAAGUAAGACUAUAAGAAAAUACAAAAUCACAGUUAUAUCUGUAGAGUCGGACGAACAUUUAGAUGGCACUAAAGUUAGCAGAACGUAUAAAGACGUAUCUAUUGCCGAUUCGAGACCUAAAACAAGUACUUUCAAAAUUGAAAUUAAAGAGAUCAGUCCAAUACAAGAUGGAAGUGAUAUAAGAUCCGACCUUGAAUUAACCUAUACCAAGAAGACACCUAGCCCACUCAAAGAAGAUCAAAAAGAAUCAAGCCCUGAUACGCUUGAAAAGAAAGUGCCUCGCCCUCAGGAACUAGGUGAAGAUGGAGAAAGUGGUAUCACGCCUGAAGAUAAGGUACCCAGUCCUAUCAAACGUGAUGAAUUAUCAAGUAGCCCAAUGGAAGAAAAAUUAAUCUCAUUCUUAGAUGAUCUAGAAAUUGAAGAAAGAUUAAAAGAUUUCAAACCUACGGGUGAAUCAGAGGAAAAAACAAUUACCCAAUACCUCACUAUAACGGAAAAAGGUGUUGAAAUUUUAAGAACGUUUAUCAUCACAACGAUAGUACAAAAAUAUUACAGUAUUUCAAGAACGACAGUGAUGUACAAGAUUAUUAUUGUUACUGUCGAAGAAGACGAAUUACCGGAUGGAACUAAAGUUAGCAGAACAUACAAGAAAACUUCAUUGAGUAAUUCAAAACCAACUUUAGAGCAACUGAUGCAGCUUUGCAAUGAAUGCGUCGCCAGAGAUUUACACUUAAAAGUUUCAGACUUUAGUUCUACAAAGCCUGAUGAUAAGGACAAGUCAACUGACACUUCUGAAGAGAAGAAGCUUGAUGAGAAAACAGACACCCUUGUCAAACCUGAUGACAAAGAUUCUAGCCCGGUCAAGCUAGAUGACAAGGAAGGCAGCCCAGUCAAGGAUGAUGGAAGAAAACUCAGCUCAGUUUCUCUUGAAGUAACAACACCAAGCCCAGUCAAGCCAGGUGAGGAGGCAUCUAGCCCUGUCAAGCCUGAUGAGAAAUCACCUAGCCCUGUAAAGCCUGCAGAGAAGGCGCCUAGCCCUGUCAAACCUGAUGAGAAGGUACCUAGCCCUAUCAAGACCGAUGAGAAGGCGCCUAGCCCUGUCAAGCCUGAAGAGAAGGCGCCUAGUUCUCUCAAGAUAGACGAUAAGGAACCAAGCCCUGUCAAGUCCGACGAGGAGGUACCUAGCCCCGUCGACCACGAUGACAAGCUACCUAGCCCUCUCAAGACUGACGUGAAGGCGCCUAGCCCUGUCAAACCUGAUGACGAGGCGCCUAUUUCUGUUAAGGCUGAAGAGAAGGCGCCUAGCCCUGUCAAGCCUGAUGAGAGGAUAGCUAGCCCUGUCAAGUCAGAUGAAAAGGAACCAAGCCCUGUCAAGUCCGAUGAAAAGGCGCCUAGCCCUGUUCAGCCCGGUGAGAAGGUCCCUAGCCCUGUCAAGAUAGACGAUAAGCUGACUAGCCCUGUCAAGACAGACGAUAAGGAACCAAGCCCUGUCAAGCCCGAAGAGAAGGUACCAAGCCCUGUCAAGCUUGAUGAAAAGGCGCCUAGCCCUGUCAAGCCUGACGAAAAGGAACCUAGCACUGUCAAGCCUGACGUAAAGGCGCCUAGCCCUGUCAAGCCCGAUGAGAAGGAACCUAGCACUGUCAAGCCUGAUGAGAAGGUACCUAGCCCUGUCAAGCCCGAUGAGAAGGAACCUAGCACUGUCAAGCCUGAAGAAAAGGCGCCUAGCCCUGUCAAGCCUGAUGAGAAGGUACCUAGCUCCAUCGAAAUUGAUGAUAAGGUACCUAGUCCUCUCAAGAUUGAAGAUAAAGAAUCAACCCCCGUCAAACCUGAUGAGAAGAUACUUAGCCCUGCCAAGCCUGACGAACAGGCGCCUAGCGCCUUAAAGCCCGAUGAGAAAUCGCCUAGCCCUAUCAAGACAGAUGAGAAAGAACCAAGCCCUGUUAAGCCCGAAGAAAAGGUAGCUAGCCCUGUCAAGAUAGACGAUAAGCUACCUAGCCCUGUCAAGCCUGAAGAGAAGGCGCCUAGCCCCGCAAAGCCCGAUGAGAAGGUACCUAGCUCCAUCGACAUCGAUGAUAAGCUACCUAGCCCUGUCAAGCCUGAUGAGACGAUAUCUAGUCCCAUCGAACACGAUGACAAGCUUCCUAGACCUGUUAAGACAGAUGAUAAGGAACCAAGCCCUGUUAAGCCUGAUGAUAAGGAAACAAGCCCCGUCAAGCCUGAUGAGAAGGUACCUAGCUCUAUCAAGACAGAUGAGAAGGUGCCUAGCCCCGCGAAGCCCGAUGAGAAAGAACCUAGCCCUGUCAAGAUAGACGAUAAGGAACCAAUUCUCGUCAAGGCAGAUGAGAAGGUGCCCAUCGAACACGAUGAUAAGCUGCCUAGCCCUGUCAAGUUAGAUGACAAGGCGCCGAGCCUGGUCAAGCUCGAUGUGAAGGAAGUUAGCCAUGCUAAACCUGACGAAAAGGAGCAUAGCCCCGAGAAGCCCGAAGAGAAGGAAACUAGCCCUGUCAAGCCUGAAGAGAAGGUGCCUAGCCCCGCAAAGCCCGAUAAGAAGGUACCUAGCUCCAUUGAGAUCGAUGAUAAAGUACCUAGCCCUCUCAAGCCAGAUGAGAAGGUACCUAGCCCUGUCAAACCUGAUGAGAAGGUACCUAGCCCUGCUAAGCCCGAUGAGAAAGAACCUAGCCCUGUCAAGAUAGACGAUAAGGAACCAAUUCUCGUCAAGGCAGAUGAGAAGGUGCCCAUCGAACACGAUGAUAAGCUGCCUAGCCCUGUCAAGUUAGAUGACAAGGCGCCGAGCCUGGUCAAGCUCGAUGUGAAGGAAGUUAGCCAUGCUAAACCUGACGAAAAGGAGCAUAGCCCCGAGAAGCCCGAAGAGAAGGAAACUAGCCCUGUCAAGCCUGAAGAGAAGGUGCCUAGCCCCGCAAAGCCCGAUAAGAAGGUACCUAGCUCCAUUGAGAUCGAUGAUAAAGUACCUAGCCCUCUCAAGCCAGAUGAGAAGGUACCUAGCCCUGUCAAACCUGAUGAGAAGGUACCUAGCCCUGCUAAGCCCGAUGAGAAGGAACCUAGCCCUGUCAAGCCUGAUGAGAAGGUACCAAGCCCUGUCAAGCCUGAUGACAAGCUACCUAGCCCUGUCAAGACAGAUGAAAAGGUACCUAUCCCUGUUCAGCUCGAAGAGAAGAUCCCUAGCCCCGAGAAGCCCGAAGAGAAGGAAACUAGCCCUGUCAAGCCUGAAGAGAAGGUGCCUAGCCCCGCAAAGCCCGAUAAGAAGGUACCUAGCUCCAUCGACAUCGAUGAUAAAGUACCUAGCCCUCUCAAGCCUGAUGAGAAGGUACCAAGCCCCGUCAAGCCUGACGAAAAGGCGCCUAGCCCUGUCAAGCCUGAUGAGAAGGAACCAAGCCCUGUUAAGCCCGAAGAGACGGAACCUAGCCCUGUCAAGAUAGACGAUAAGGUAAUUAGCCCAGUCAAGGCUGAUGAUAUGGAACUAAGCUCUGUCAAGCCUAACGCGAAGGCGCCUAGCCCUGUCAAGCCCGAUGAUAAGGUACCUAGCUCCAUCGACAUCGAUGAUAAGGUAUCUAGUCCCAUCCAACACGAUGAGAAGGAACGUAGCCCUGUCAAGCCUGAUGAGAAGGUAUCUAGCCCUGUCAAGCCUGAUGAGAAGGUACCUAGCCCUGUCAAGCCCGAUGAGAAGGAACCUAGCCCUCUUAAGCUGGAUGAGAAAGAACCUAGCCCUGUCAAGCCUGAAGAGAAGGUACCUAGCCCUGUCAAGCCUGAUGAGAAGGUAUCUAGCCCUGUCAAGCCUGACGAGAAGGUACCUAGCCCUCUUAAGCUGGAUGAGAAAGAACCUAGCCCUGUCAAGCCUGAAGAGAAGGUACCUAGCCCUGUCAAGCCUGACGAGAAGGUACCUAGCCCUGUCAAGCCCGAUGAGAAGGAACCUAGCCCUCUUAAGCUGGAUGAGAAAGAACCUAGCCCUGUCAAGCCUGAAGAGAAGGUACCUAGCCCUGUCAAGCCUGAUGAGAAGGUAUCUAGCCCUGUCAAGCCCGAUGAGAAGGAACCUAGCCCUCUUAAGCUCGAUGAGAAGGAACCUAGCCCUGUAAAGCCUGAUGAGAAGGUACCUAGCCCCGCAAAGCUCGGUGAGAAGGUACCUAGCUCCAUCGACAUCGAUGAUAAGCUUACUAGCCCUGUCAAGACAGAUGAAAAGGUGCCUAGCCCUGUAAAGCCCAAAGAGAAAGUAUCAAGCCCCAUCCAAUACGAUGAGAAGGAACCCAGCCCUGUCAAGCCUGAUGAGAAGGUACCUAGCCCUGUCAAGCCCGAUGAGAAGGAACCUAGCACUGUCAAGCCUGAAGAAAAGGCGCCUAGCCCUGUCAAGCCUGAUGAGAAGGUACCUAGCUCCAUCGAAAUCGAUGAUAAGGUACCUAGUCCUCUCAAGAUUGAAGAUAAAGAAUCAACCCCCGUCAAGCCUGAUGAGAAGGUACUUAGCCCUGCCAAGCCUGACGAAAAGGCGCCUAGCGCCGUAAAGCCCGAUGAGAAAGAACCAAGCCCUGUCCAGAUAGACGAUAAGGAACCAAUCCUCGUCAAGCCUGAUGAGAAAUCGCCUAGCCCUAUCAAGUCAGAUGAGAAGGUGCCUAGCCCCAUCGAACACGAUGACAAGCUACCUAGCCCUGUUAAGCUAGAUGAAAGGGCGCCUAGCCUCGUCAAGCUGGAUGUGAAGGAAGAUAGCCAUGCUAAACCUGACGAAAAGGAGCAAAGCCCUGUGAAGCUCGAAGAGAAGGAACCAGGUCCAGUCAAGCCUGAAGAGAAGGCGCCUAGCCAUGUCAAGACAGAUGAGAAGGUGCCUAGCCCCGCAAAGCCCGAUGAGAAGGUAUCUAGCUCCAUCGACAUCGAUGAUAAAGUACCUAGCCCUGUCAAACCUGAUGAGAAGGUACCUAGCCCUGCUAAGCCCGAUGAGAAGGAACCUAGCCCUGUCAAGCCUGACGAAAAGGUGCCUAGCCCUGUCAAGCCUGAUGAGAAGGUACCUAGCCCUGUUAAGCCUGAUGAGAAGGUACCUAGCCCUGUCAAGCCUGAUGAGGAGGUACCUAGCCCUGUCGAGCAUGAUGAGAAGGUACCUAGCUCCAUCGAAAUCGAUGAUAAGGUACCUAGUCCUGUCAAGAUUGAAGAUAAGGAAUCAACCCCCGUCAAGCCUGAUGAGAAGGUACUUAGCCCUGUCAAGAUAGACGAUAAGGAACCAAUCCUCGUCAAGCCUGAUGAGAAAUCGCCUAGCCCUAUCAAGACAGAUGAGAAGGUGCCUAGCCCCAUCGAACACGAUGACAAGCUACCUAGCCCUGCUAAGCUAGAUGAAAGGGCGCCUAGCCUCGUCAAGCUGGAUGUGAAGGAAGCUAGCCAUGCUAAACCUGACGAAACGGAGCAAAGCCCUGUGAAGCCCGAAGAGAAGGAACCAGGUCCUGUCAAGCCUGAAGAGAAAUUGCCUAGCCCUGUCAAGCCUGAAGAGAAGGUGCCUAGUCCCGCAAAGCCCGAUGAGAAGGUACCUAGCUCCAUCGACAUCGAUGAUAAGGUAACUAGCACCGUCAAGACAGAUGAAAAGGUACCUAGCCUUGUCAAGCCUGAUGAGAAGGUAUCUAGCCCCAUCCAACACGAUGAGAAGGAACCUAGCCCUGUCAAGCCUGAUGAGAAGGUCUCUAGCCCCAUCGAACACGACGACAAGCUUGUUAGCACUGUCAAGACAGAUGAUAAGGAACCAAGCCCUGUCAAACCCGACGAAAAGGCGCCUAGCCUCGUUAAGCCCGAUGAGAAGGAACCUAGCCCUGUCAAACCUGAUGAGAAGGUACCUAGCCCUGUCAAACCUGAUGAGAAGGUACCUAGCCCUGUCGAGCCUGAUGAGAAGGUACCUAGCCCUGUCAAGCCUGAUGAGAAGGUACCUAGCUCCAUCGAAAUCGAUGAUAAGGUACCUAGUCCUGUCAAGAUUGAAGAUAAGGAAUCAACCCCCGUCAAGCCUGAUGAGAAGGUAUCUAGCCCCAUCGAACACGAUGACAAACUACUUAGCCCUGUUAAGACAGAUGACAAGGUACCUAGCCCUGUUAAGGCUGAUGAUAAGGAACCAAGCCCCGUCAAGCCUGACGAAAAGGCGCCUAGCCCUGUCAAGCCUGAUGAGAAGGUCUCUAGCCCCAUCGAACACGACGACAAGCCUGUAAGCACUGUCAAGACAGAUGAUAAGGAACCAAGCCCUGUCAAACCCGACGAAAAGGCGCCUAGCCUCGUUAAGCCCGAUGAGAAGGUACCUAGCCCUGUCAAGAUGGACGAUAAGGAACCAAGCCCGGUCAAGCCUGAUGAGAAGGCUCCUAGCCCUGUCAAGCCUGACGAAAAGGUGCCUGCCCCCAUCAAGCCUGCUGAGCAACAACCCAGUCCUGUUUCGGAAGACGUCAAAAAAGUAAGCGCUAGCUCUCUUGAAGAACAAGCACCCAUUCCAGUCGAACCAGAAGUAAAAGUACCAAGUCCUAUCAAACUUGAUAAAGCAGAACUGAGCCCCGACAAGCCUCUUGACCAGGUGCCUAGUCCUGUUAUGUCUGACAAGGUGACACUUAGCUCUAUUAAACAUGAUGUCAAAUUAGACAGCCCUGACAAGGCAGAUGACAAAGUACCUAGCCCUGUCAAACAUGAAAAAUCCCCUGAAACAGAUAAAGCCUCAGAAAAAUCAGAAGUUACCAAAAAAGAAAUUGAAGCAAAAUCAAAGGAUGAUGAAAAAGACAUUGAUGAAAAGGAAUCUUUCGAAGACGAAUCGACAAGUAGUAAGAAAGUUUCAGCCGACAAAGAUCUUAUAAGUAAAUCAGAUAAACAAAUAGUUGAUUCAGAAGAUCAUCAGUCACAGAAAAAAUCCGCAGACGGAAAAGAUCUGCAAGACUUUGAUACUACUGAAAAAGACAUUUAUGACGAUGGCGAAUCGAUAAGUGAAGAUAGUCAAAUAAUUGAAAGAGUUGACCUUCAAAAAGAGUCAUUUGUUCAACCAGCAGUUACAAAAAUACAAUCUUUAUCCAGUCAAACAGAAGAAUUGCUUAAACAAGAGCGACAAUUCGUUUCCAAAUUAGAACCUGGUCUUAAAGAAACUGUCAGUAAGCCACAUGUUGUGAAAAAGAGGUCUAUUCUUGAUGAUAGAUCUACUCAAGACUCUCUUGAUAGCUUGACAGAUGGUCUUACGUCUAUACCACAUGGAAGCAGUUCUGAAGAUGUUUCAAAAGAAACAAGUCUAGAGGAAAAAUACAGUUUUGAAGGAUCUGAAAAGUCUGAAAAGAAAUCCGUACGAAAACUACAUGCUGAUGAUACUACGAGCCAUAAAGUUGAACCAUUAUCAAUCGACGACUCUUUUACUUCAACACUGAAAGAUACCGAUUUGACCAAAGUGCAAGACGACAAAACACAGGAAUUAGGAUCACCAAAAGAUGAAAUACCUCUUUCUGAAGCAUCAGAUUCCGGAGUCCAUAGUAUACCCACUGAUGUAGGACUUAGUGACGACAAAAAUAUAACUCAAGCAAUGACUGAAAGUGCCGUUCAUCUUAUGGAGUCGAUACAAAAAGCAUUUGAAGAAGACACUGUACAACAAGGAAUAAAAACUGAGAGCUUAGAAUCUUUAGUUAGAGUUUCGACACCCCCAACCGUCCCAGUUAGUCCACUGCCUAAGACUCCUAGUAGCUUCCAAGAUGUCAAAAUAAGCGAUGGCGUUCAGAGUGAAGUAACCUAUGAUAAGUCUGAUGGCAGCGAGGAAACAAUCACUAAAGUGGUACAUGUUGGAGAUGACGUUCUUACCCAAAGAAUUUCAACUUCAACAGAAAAAGUUCCAAAGAAAACAUCUGCUCUUGUCGAUGAUGAAUCAGAUCUUUUAUCAUUGAUGCAAAAUGUUGGAAAGAUCAAAACCGAAACUGAUACUGUAACCAAAAUAAUUAAGGAAGGUGAAAAUGUUGUAACACAAACAAUAACCACUGUUACUACCAAAGAAGUAAUAUCAAGAGAAGACGGCACACCACAGAAUAUUAAGACCACAAUAGAAACUACUACUUUGAGCAAAGGAUCUGAUGGUUCUACAACUACAAUUAAAGAUACACAAACAUUACUCUCAGAAUGUUCUUCCAGCCUUAGAUCUACCUCAUCUAUGGAUUUAUAUGCAAAAGACAGAAUAGAUAAGGAAUAUUUAGAAAGUGAAGAAAAGUUCGAUAUUAGGGAUUUGACUGAUAAACGUGAGUCUUCCUUACCUAAAGAUGUAGAAUCACUCAAAUCCUUUUUAAGUGAGACUGAUGAAUCAGACGAUAACAUUGAAGAUACGAUUAUUGAUACAGAUGUAAGUAAACGAAUUAUUAAAGAAAACAACAAGGAUAUUGUCGAAACUGUUACAACAACAACAAAGAAAGAAACCAUUAAAGUAAGUGACCAUAAAAAAAUAAUUCGUACGACAGUAGAAACAAAUGUCGCUAAAGAGCAUCCUGAUGGUUCAAGAGAUGUACAGAAGAAUGUUGAAGUUAAGACUGAAGAAAUUAUUUUAGAUUCUAGCAGUAAUAGUUUAGUAGUAAUAGAUUCUAGCAGUAAUAGUUUAGCAGUAAUAGUCAGUAGUAGUUUAGAUAAUAUACUUAAUGAGUUUAUUGUUUGUGGUGAACCUGAAGAAAGUGUCACCUCUAAAACAGAAGAAAUCAAACAAGACACUUUCACCAUUAGACGCACAAUAGUAACCAGAGUAGUUAAAACUAAAUAUGCCGAUAAACAAGGCAUCCCUAGAAAACUCAAGACUGACACAACUAUCACUACGACUGAUGAUUACCCAGAUGGUUCUUCUCGCACGAAAGUUGAUAGCAGUACAUCGCUGUCAGACAUUGAUAUCGAACCAGUAGAGACUCCUGAACUUCAAGAUUUAACAGUACUAGAAGAUAAGGCGGUCGAAACAGACAGAAAUGAGAAAACUGUUAGUAUAAACGGAAAAAGUGCGUUGCAAAUUAUAACUACAACUACUACUAAAGAAACAUUAGCCUCAAUUGACAGGACUAAGAGAAAACUAAAGACCACAGUUGAGACUGUAACGGAGACAAUGCUUCCCGAUGGCAUGACAGAAGUGACGAAAGAUGUCAAAAUAUCUGUGUCAGACAUUGGAUUAGAUACUGUAGAAGAUAGUCUCGACGGCUUUGAAUCAAUUGGCAAACCCAAAGAGGACACUACUACAGAAACAGAAACAGUAACUGAAGACGGCCUUAUUAUAAAAAGAAAAACAACUGUAACUACUACUACACAAGAAUAUAUCAAUACAUCAAAUACCAUUAAGCGAGUAAAGACAACAGUCAAGACUGUUGUAGAAGAUGAACACCCUGAUGGAUCUGUUAUAAAAAAGACAAGUGAAAAGAUAUCUCUUACAGAUGAAAAUCUCAUAACAACGAGUGAUGACUCCGAAGACGAAAAGAUUAAUGCCAUUCUUAAGGAUUUGAUUUCAUCAGAACCAGAUGUAAGUGAAUCCGUGCAAAAAGAAGAAAUCAAAGAAAAGGAUAUUACCAUCCAUAGAACUAUUGUUACUAAAAUAGUGACGACAAAGUACUCUGACAGUCGGGGACAAUUACAAAAAAUUAAAACAGUCACUACAGUUACUACUAGUGAUCAAUAUCCUGACGGCACUACAAAGAUUACCGUUGAUACAAACACGACUAUUAAUGAUUUAAAUAUUGAAGAAGAGGUCCAAACGAAAAAGAAGGUUAGUGUAGAUCAGAGUACCCUGCCAGAACCUAAAGAAAAAGACCCAGAACCUAUUGUCAAUGGAGUUCAUGAAUCGCUAGACUCUGAAACUUUCAUAGAAGGAAAAUCAAAAACCGGUGAUAAAUUAACUGUCAAAGAAGAAUCACCGUCAGAAGAAGAACCUGCCCAAAGUAGUAAAGUUGAUGCCGCCCUGAAAGACUUCAUCCCUGAAGGAGAACCAGAAAUAACUGAAUCUAGUGAAACUAUAGAUAUCAAGGAAAAGGAUACUGUUAUCAGAAGGAUUAUAGUCACUAAAAUAGUUAAAACAAAGUAUUCUGACAAACAGGGUAAUCUCAGAAAACUAAAGACUGUAACUACACUCACCACUACCGAUAACUAUCCAGAUGGGUCAGCUCGGACUACUGUUGAAAGUAGCACUUCAGUUACGGAUAUUGAAAUAGAAAUUACUGACGUCGUCGAAGAAGGUUUUGAUGCUGUCGGUGAUCCAAUAGAAGACACAACCACAGAAACUAAAUCCAUCACUGAAAAUGGUAUAGUGAUAAAAAGAAAAACAACUAUCACCACAAUAGUCCAAGAAUAUGCUAGUGCUGAACAAAAUAUUAAGCGAACAAAAACUACAAUUAGGACGGUAAUAGAAGAUGAAUACCCCGACGGUUCAGUCACAACGAGAGCCAGUGAAAAGGUAUCAUUAGUCGAUGAAAGUCUCAAGGCGCCUGAACCCACAGCAGAAGAAUUAGCCGAAAUAAGAAAAUUAGAAGCCGCGCUCCAAGACCUAUCUCCUUCAGGAGAACCUGAAGUAAGUGAAGACACCAAAGUUCAAGAAAUAAAGGAAGACGGGGUGAGCAUUAGAAGAGUCAUCAAUACAAAAAUAGUCAAAACUAAGUACUCUGAUAGUAAAAAUAUCAUGCGAAAGAUGAAGACGGUUAAAACUGUAACGACAACUGAUGAAUUCCCAGACGGCGCUGCAAGAACAACUGUUGACACCAGUACAUCAGUAUGUGAUAUAAAAGAAGACAAUGUGGAGGCCCCUGUUCAACAAGUGACAGGCUACGAUCAGGUUGGGGAUGUUCAAAUCAAUGUCGAAACUAUUAAUAAUGCAGUAGUUAGAGACGGAAAAGAACUUCAACAAACAAUUACUAUCAAAACAACAAAAGAAGUUUUGGAAUCACAACAAGAGGAUAUUAAGAGGAAAGUCAGAACAACUGUAGAAACUGAGAGUCAAAUUGCACUACCCGAUGGUAACACGGAAAUCACAAGGGACAAAAAAGUGACAUUAGAUGAUUUUAAAAGCGAAACAUUCUAUGAAAACUUGACGGGAUAUGUUGAAAUUGAUAAACCAAAAGAAUCUGUUGAGACUGAAGAAGAUACAAUUUUCGAAAAUGGCGUGAAAAUAAAUAGAAAAACAACAAUGAAAACCAUAAAACAGGAAUUCGAAAAUGCCGCUACACUUUCAAGGAAAGUUAAAUCUAUAAUUAGGGUUGAGAUUGAAGAUGAACAUCCUGAUGGUACAGUCAUUACUAAGAAGAAAGAAACUGUCACAAUCACAGACAUAGCAGGUUACCCUCCAAGAUCAAUGCAGGAUGCUCCUGGGCGUCCUGAAGAUUUACCGGUUGGUGAUUCUGAAAUUGUAGAAAGUCAAACUGAAGACUUAGACGUUAAAAAUGAAGAAAUCCAACGAGGGUCUAUUACUAUCAAACGCAAAAUUACGACAAAAACUAAACGCGAAUUCUUAGCUAGUAACGAUGUCAAUAUUAAACGAGUACGGACUACUGUUGAAACAACUACUAUCGAUGAAUAUCCCGACGGUGCUACAGAAACCACAAAAGAUGUAAAAAUAACUGUAUCUGAAUUCCAGAAGACAUCAGACAGUGAUCUACAAGCGGCGCUCCAGGGAUUAGAACCCACUGGUAAAAUUAAAACUUCCGUAGAUAAAAAGACUAAUAUCAUCAAAUCAGAACAUGGUGAAAAAAUUACUCAGACAAUCACGACUAACGUGACCAAAGAAGAACUUAGCAAUAGUAAAACAAAUGACGUUGCAGUAAAAACGGUCACAGAAACUAUUACGGAAAAUGCCAAAGACGACGGCACAGUUGAAACAACGAAAGACGUUCGUACACAAAUUACAUACUUACCACCAGGAACUGGUCUUGAUGACUGGUCUCCAGAAGAGCUUGAAGAAAUUGAAAAGCAACCAGUAGCACAAGAGGAACGACAAGUUUUAGAUGAUAAGCCUGCAGUAAACCAGAAGCAACAUGAUUCAAAAGAAAAACAAGAACAGAAGCCGAAGAAACAACGUUCACCAGUUGGAGAAAUAACUACGGAAACUGAUACCUACACUAAAGUCAUCAAAGAAGGUGACAACGAAAUAACACAAACAAUAACGGUAGUAACGACAAAAGAAGUCAUUAGCCCUGAAAAAAUUAAAGUAACAGUUGAGACUACUACAGUUAGUAAAGGCAGUGAUGGGGUGACCAAGACAACUAAAUCUACUAAAACUACGAUAUCCGAGUUUAGAGAAGAGUUCGAAGAAACUGUUGAUACUGGCGAAAGUGAAAAAUCAUUCUCGAAAUUGUCUUCUAAGACAGGUGACAUGCGAAGCUCAUCAGCAGCGAGCGAUGAUCUAGACCAUCCUGGAAUCGCAACUCCACCAUCAGAUAUUAGCUCAAGAGGUUCUAGGGCCGCCACUCAUAUAUGGGGCACGGAAAGCAGUGGAAUGUACUAUAGUGAUGAAGAAGGUCAGGGCAGCCCCAGCAGUACAAAAUCACAAAUCGCACACUCCCCUAGGUCCAAUCUCAGCUUUGAAUUAGAUACCGCUAGGUCACAACAAGAUCUAUUCGAAAAACAUGAAUCAGGUUUAGACAAAGACAUUAUGACAACCUCCUUAUAUGGACACUUACCUGAAGACGAUUCCUGCAAAUCCUCUUCACACUCCGAAGUUACCACAACUGAAGUACUCAGCGGCUCUGCAACAAAACUAACUAAAGAGUUCUUAAGCAAAGAAAGAUCAGAACAUAUAAAACACAGCGAUGCUACUUUCUUAAAAGAGGCUGACGAACAUUUUGAGAAAGCCAUUGAAGAACAUAAGAAGGUGAGCGGUUCUCAAGUUAUUUCAAAUAUAACAGCUAAAUAUGAACUUGACUCGAAAUUCCAUUCAAGUUCAAGUCAUUCAUCGAAGGAGGAAAGUACAAUAACAUUAAAAGACAUUAAAACAGAAUCAAAAAAAUUGUCUGACAGCAGUUCAUCAAGCAAACAGGAAACUAAGUUGGAACAAUCUGAAAUGACGAGCGAAACUCGUAAAACAUCCAAAGACCCGAUCGAGUCUUGGGGAAAGCCACUUGGUUUGCCCAGUCCAAUAGGGCCACCUACACAGACAGAUGGCAAGAGCACUCCUAAGAAGCAAUCUAGUGCAACAGUGUUAAACAAAAAUAAGAUCAACCAAGAGAAGAGCAAGGAAGCCAAGGGUCGCGCCUCGGAGUCUCCCAGCAAGAAGAAGGCUCCAGCUCCGGUGUACAUGGAACUUACUUACGUUCCACACCACGGCAACUCCUACUACUCCGCCAUUGAAUUCUUCAAGCGAGUCCGUGCCCGCUACUACGUAUUCUCUGGUACUGAGCCUUCAAAAGAGAUCUACAAUGCUCUGCUCGAUGCCAAGAAAACAUGGGAAGAUAAAGAUUUAGAAGUCACCAUAAUUCCCACGUAUGACACCGACGUGCUUGGCUACUGGGUGACAGAGAAUGAGGAAGCUCUCGAGAAGUACAAGAUUGACCUGUCGCCGUCUGCGUCCCGGUGCACCAUCAACCUCCAGGAUCAUGAGACAUCGUGUGCGGCCUAUAGACUCGAGUUCUAGGUUUCGGGUCUAUUUGUAGCCUUCUCAUCGAAGAAGUGAGCCACUGUCGAGGAGUCAACGCUUGCGAACCGAAUGAACCAAAGAAAAGUGUAAUUGUUGUUGUAGAAAAAAAAAGGCUGUGAUAAUGAAAGAAACACUCGUAAGCAUUGACUCUUGAGGCCACUACUUCGCAUGAGAGUGUUUGCAAAUAGAUACUGAGUUUUUGUGAUAUUUGAAUGCAAUUAACAGACUGCUAAAGAGUUUGAUAAAAUCCUAGUUAAUAAUGAAAGUAACGAUAAUCCAAACGAAAACGAUAGUGCUGGUGUCAAAUGUGUUGUGCAAACCACGGCCGAUUCCUAACUCCCAAACUGACAGUGUCCUAACCACAUCCAAUUGUAAAGUCAAUAACCAAUUCUCGACCUAAGAACAGAGACGUCCAUUUUUUUCUAAAAUACAACUGUUUUCUAGUAGCUUGCCAUUUAAAGUAUAUUUCUGAUGAUGUUUUAAAAUUUGGUCUUAUACAAAACUGUAGUGCUUUUAUACAUGAUAUUUAGCGUAACCAGUCCAUUUUGUUUAGCCAAAACACCGCUUUGCGAUCAAAAUUUUUGGGGGAAUGAAAAAGAAAAAUUAUUUUGCUAUCGCCAUUUGUGAUUUACAAAUUGUACAAAAUGUCUUAGCGGCAUUUGUUUUGUUUAGCGUAGUGGCUUUAAAAGGACGUGAUUAACAUACGAUUGUCAUGGUAACUGACGUUAUUAUAAAACCUGAUGGUACUUUUUUAAAGGUUUAAAUAAAGAUAUACUUAUUAAACGUAAUAUUGUCUUAUAAAGACGUUCUUAAUAUAUGCUCGCUCGUCGAGCUAGUGCUACGUGCGCUAGUUUCUAUUCGUAUUUGUUAGAUGAGACUUAUUAUUACGACUCUAGAACGACAAAGAUGACUUCUCGUGUCAGCCUGUACCUCGUAAGUAAUUCAGUUAGAUGUAAGGAGUGACGUUUUCCACGAUUAUUUUCAACUCGAGCUUAUUUCCCUGCGAUUUAUAAUAGACGAACGGUGGUGAUGGAUUGUAGGGUUGCGACGUAACUUUUUAUAAAUCCAACAGAUGGCGUUGUUACGAAUACAGGUUCUGCAUCACGCUAACGAAAUUUAUCUUCUCGGCUAUUUAAGAAUAAGUUGCGCAAACAUCACGCGCUAACGCAACAUCGGUCUGUAUUCGUGACGCCAACUUGGCUAACUUCAGAGUACUCGCACAAGGUAUUAGAUACAGAGUCGAUUAUAAUUGGAACAUCCUGCAACUCCAAUAUUAAUCGAAUGUGUGUCAAAUGCUCUUGUUCGAGCCUCUGAUGAAAUACUGCAAUCGAUCGCCAUCCUUAACUGAAGACAUCUGUGUUAUUCUAGACCAACAGUGAGCCUAAAACGAUAGAGAGCUUAACCAUUAUAAAUAAUAAAUGUUUUAGUAGAAAACUAUUAUUAAAGAAUUCAUUAUAUUUACCUCUGUUUAAGUUGAUACUUGCUUGUUGCGUCGAGGUAUAGUAAUAUAACAUAGUUAUAAUUACGUGUUAUAUAAAAUUUACUCAUUUCCAAAAGAUUAUUAUUAUUAAAAUAAAACGAGAUUCCCGAAUCUCUAUUUGUAUUACGUUGGCAACUAUAUAUUUUUCGGUCUGUUGUAUUUUUGUUUGAAAUUUCUAGUCGAGGCGACCCAAAUACUUAUAAAAAUCGUUAUAGUCUUAUAAAAUUCGUUCCUAUUCAGAUGAAUUGUUUUUGUAAUGUUUUUUUGUCGAAGAUGAAAUCCUCAUGUAAUUAUAGAUAAAGUACUCCAUUAGGUUACCGAUUUGUUUCAAAACGUUAUGUUCGGAUGUGAGCGAAUGUGAUAAUGAUCCAUAAAUGAUUCAGCAUCUAGUGAGUAAGCAGUGUUGAAGGCUUUCCUCAGAAACACAGCAGCGAGCAUGUUCAGCCUGUCGGCAGACCAGCACUGUUCCAUCAGACGGGUCACUGCUCGCGUCUCCACCAUGCAUUGUCCUUAUUUGCCAAAUAUCCAAUGAAAGUGUUUGAGUCAAUUAAUUUUAAGUCAUCCAUAGCUAUAAGUGGAUUAAUGUCACACAACAAUCGCUUACUUCGCUAACAUUGUCUUAAUAUAGAAACUAUAGCGAGAACAAUUCGUAUUCCGAACCGCACCAGCACAAUGUAUUAACAUAUAAAAAAAAACUUUAAAAAAUUGUAAACAAAUACAUAAAGAAUACUUUUUUUAUUUUUAUUUUUUAUGUAUGUCAACGAAUGAGUUUUUAUUUUAUAGUUUAAAAUACAUAAUUAAUAUAGUAUGUGUUACUGUGUGGAUUGAUGUGAGCACAAUAUUGUUUCAUUAUGUGGUUUUGCUUUAGGUAGUUUGGAUGGGACUAAACAGGGAUGUGAGGAAUACCUGGGGGAGGCGGGUCUGAACCGAUGCUACUGCUGUCGUGACACUGUUGGCUUCUCCAGUCAAUUUUAGUAAUAAGCUCUUCCAUCGCUACGUUGCUAAAAUACAGCAUUUUGAGAUUGAAAUGCCCAACCGUGAUGACAACUGUGUGUUUGGACGAAUCAAUUUCAUGAUGUCGAAUACGCUAAAGUUUGCCACUUUAUAUUCUCAUGACGAGUGCAUCGGUGACGACAACUAUAUCGCUUUGAAUAAAAAGGAUUUUGAGUAUCUUUUAUUUAAAUAGGCUUUGUUACUUUCAGCCAGCAUCCACUGUCUAGCUGGCCGUAAAGCCUGACCCUAAAGUUUACUAUUGUAUUUUAUAGCUAGAAUUCUAAUUAAUGCAUAUUAUUAGGAAUAUUAAAAAUGUUAUUAAAAUUAAGAAUUGUAUCAGCUUAGUGAACAUCAAUAGCUCUGAGAAAUAAACCAUUAUUGAAAUUAUUAAA